GAGAGAGACGAAGAGGUAGGAUAGGCUAGGUAGGAUCCAGGUGCGUGCUAGUCUAGCUCGAAAUGGAGAGGGAUCGAGGAUUUGGCUUUACAACAAGUCAAGCGUGGCUUGCCCUGUGCGAAUCGAUGAGCGAGCGAGCAAAUGAAUGAGCCAACCUUGCUGCUUUGCCUGGCUGCGAAUGAUGGCCGGGCGUUGGCUGGGCUGCUGCCGCCAAUCAACCAACACCUCCUCUCCUUCCUUGUCCGACUGGCUUCGAACGCGUCCAUCGGCGCGACUGACGGACGGCUCACAUGCUGUGUGGCCGGGGGACGCUGAUCAGUGGUCCCUUUCAUCCCCCCUUAUUGCUCCGUGCUUGGCGGCCACUUGCUUCCUCAUCGCCGGCGUCAUCGAAGUCGGCCUCCGCCAGUACGCUGUCGUCGGAAUGAAGCGAAGAUCGAGCAGUGCUGGCUCUGGCUCUGGCUCUCACGUCACAAGUCAUUGGCGGCGUGUGCCUCUCCUCCGUCCAUGCAGGGAGGUUGGCCGAAAGGUGGCUGCAUUGGCUGUAAGGAGGCCGAGCGCGGACUGGCAGCCAUAGGCGGCUGCCGCGAGCGAGAAGUGAGAGGGUUCAAAUAGAGUAGAGUAAAACAGGCUUGAGCAGAUGAGCUUGCGAGCUGGGUUGAAGAUGGUACCAAAGAGGCAAGGGCCAGAAGCAACUCAUGAUGAGAUCCGAGAGCGAGGUCAAAGUCCCGACAGGCCGAUAAUGAC